AUGUCAAACACAACCGGAACACCUGCAACCUGGGUAGUGGUUGGUGCUUCACGGGGCAUCGGCCUUGAAUAUGUUAAGCAGCUCCUUCAGGCAGGAAAUCGAGUAAUCGCCACAGCUCGGAACCCAGAAGCAUCGGGACUCUCGGAAGUUAUCAAAGCUCAUGGCGCUCCAGACAAUUGUAUCGUCGAGCAGUGCGACGUUGCGAGUAGCGAAAGCAUUGAUCCUUAUGCACAGGCAUUUGUAGCGAGGACGAGCACUCUUAUAAGCAAGAGAAUCAGACUUGACAACAUCAUCAUGAAUGCAGGUGUUCUCAGAUACCCUAAUCGAGCAACAGAACUAUCAUACGACAACUUCAAAUUCCACAUGGAAACCAACGUCAUUGGACCGAUCAUAUGCGCACAGAAACUGGUCAACUUGAAUCCCGAUAGCCCUCCUUCGAAAUUGAUCUUCAUCUCAUCCGACUCCGGGUCGACCACCAAUUUCCUCGCAUAUGAAGACGGCUUCGCAGCAUAUGCGGCUAGCAAGGCUGCACUCAAUCAAAUGCUGAGACAUAUGGCGGAGGAGUUGAAAAGACGCGGUGGCAAGUGGGCUGAGAUAUGUGUUCUGGCUCUCCACCCUGGCGAGGUGCAUACCGAUAUGAACUCUGGCGAGGUUGGCACCUGGGAUGUAGGAACGCUCUUGGAGCCGGACGAGAGUGUCUCGGGUAUGCUCAAGGUGAUCAAUGAGAAGAAUCACACGGAUACUGGCACACUCUGGUGCUGGGAUGGCAGGGCAAGCUUAUCCAUGGUAAUGAAUGUCAGCCAAAUUGGAUGUCUUGUCAGUAACGCUUGCCUUACGAGACUUCGAUGA